CUGUUGCAGGACUCCUUGUUCUUUUUGAUGCUGAAGAUGGUUCUUUAUGACUCUGGCUGGAUGUUUGAGGUUGUUGUCACACUGCAGAAUAAAUCUGGGAUUGAUCAGACGCUUCCCUGAUGGUAUUGUAUGAUGAAUAAGAAUCCAAACAUCUAAAGUGCCUAAAACCUUUGCACAGCACUGUGUGUUUGUCUUAUAUAGCAAACUAACUGUACUGUGAGUCUCUGUCUCCGACAUCUAAAAACCAAGUUUCCCAAGCUCCAGCCUGACUCUACUGCGAGUUGGGAACCUCUGGUUUAGAGAAAACCCUGGGGGACACAUUGUAAUGCCAGUGCCAAGUUAAGAAAGGAAAUGCCAUGAUCCUUCCCAGGAGAUAAAGGCCAUUUUCUACCCCCAAAUUUGCAAGGUUAACUGCUCUCCUCUGGCAGUAUGUCAGAUGUAGAUUCCUGUCUCUGAGAGGAAAAAGAUACACAAAAUACACUCAAAAGACGAGCCUAAAAAGCAACAGAGUAAAGGCUUGAAGUGGAAGUCACAUUCUGUACAGUGACGGUUUGAAACUCAGAUGGUUUGUGGCAGGAAGAGAGAGAUAGAGGAGGAUGCAGAAGUGGUAUGAGCUUUUAAAGAUAGCCUACUGGUAUUUAUAUAGAGCAUGAGGGCAUGGGCUGACAGGAUGACGUGCUGUAGCAUGCAGACUGCUGUUACUUUACUGAGCACACCCAGAACACGCCCACAAAACGCACCACACACACUUGUCUACAACACUACCGGGCCCCAGAAGACGGAUCAUACUUCUGUUUCUUCUUCCUUGAGCUGCUUUCUGUUCCUCCGCGUUUUGUCUGUCUUCUAUUUUUGUGUGUUUGGUGAAUAGAGGCAGGGAUGGCGGAGCUUGAGGGCCUGGAAUUUGGGAAGUCGGACUUUGUACUGCUGGAUGAGGUGACGAUGGAGCAGUUUAUGGAGAAUCUGAAGUUGAGGUUCGAGAAGGGCCGUAUCUACACCUUCAUCGGAGAAGUGGUCGUCUCCGUUAAUCCAUACAGACAGAUGGACAUUUACGGGAAAGAUACCAUUGAUGCGUAUCGGGGCCGGGAGCUGUAUGAAAACCCGCCUCACCUGUAUGCAGUGUCCGAUGCUGCCUAUAAAGCCAUGAAGAGACGGGCCAAAGACACCUGCAUUGUCAUAUCAGGUGAAAGUGGGGCAGGAAAAACAGAAGCCAGUAAAUACAUCAUGCAGUACAUUGCAGCCAUCACAAACCCAAGCCAGAGAGCGGAGGUCGAGAGCGUGAAAAAUGUGCUGCUCAAGUCCAACUGCGUGCUGGAGGCCUUUGGGAACGCCAAGACGAAUCGCAACGACAACUCCAGCCGCUUCGGCAAGUACAUGGACAUAAACUUCAACUUCAAUGGCGAUCCCACGGGAGGACACAUCAACAACUACCUGCUGGAGAAGUCCAGAGUGGUCCAGCAGCAAAACGGGGAGAGGAACUUCCACUCAUUUUACCAGUUACUGCGUGGAGGCUCGGAUCAAAUGCUGGAGUCAUUUCACCUGCAGAACGAUCCGGCUGUUUAUGUCUAUACCAAAGAAGGAGCUGCAACGACCACCUCCAACAAUGAUCGCACCAGCCACAAAGCAGUGAUGAGCGCGCUGGAAGUGAUCGGCUUCUCCAAAGAAGAGAUUGACUCAAUUUAUCAGAUUCUGGCCUCCAUUCUGCUGCUGGGUAAUCUGCAGUUUGAGAGCGAUGGUGAAGACGUCCUGAUCCAGGGCGUCGAAGUUGUGAACCACAUCUCUGAGUUAACAGCCACAGACUCGGAAAGCGUCAGUAAGAGCCUUCUUUACCGCACUGUGGCCACCGGGGGCGGCGAGGUGAUAGAGAAGGGCCACACAGCGGAAGACGCCUGCUUUGGACGGGACGCUUUCUGCAAGGCUCUCUAUGAGAGACUUUUCGGCUGGAUCGUGUCCCGCAUCAACAGUGUCAUUGAAGUUAAAGACUACAACCCAGUGCUUCAUGGGAAAAACACAGUCAUCGGUGUGCUGGAUAUCUACGGCUUUGAGAUCUUCGACAACAACAGUUUCGAACAAUUCUGCAUCAACUACUGCAAUGAGAAGCUGCAGCAGCUUUUCAUUGAGCUGAUCCUGCGACAGGAACAAGGCGAAUAUCAGAGAGAAGGCAUCACCUGGCAACAUAUCAACUACUUCAACAACCAGAUCAUCGUAGACCUCGUGGAGCAGCCGCAUAAAGGAAUCAUCUCCAUUUUAGACGAAGCUUGCCUCACCGUCGGUAAAGUCACCGACACCGUCUGCCUGGACAGCAUGGACACCAAACUGGCCCAGCAUCCCCACUACACCUCCCGCAAGCUCACCCCCACUGACAAAAGCAUGGACUUCCAGAAACACUUUCGAAUUCGCCACUAUGCUGGAGACGUCACAUAUUCCGUCGAGGGCUUUUUGGACAAAAACAAGGACCUGCUUUUCCAAGAUUUCAAGCGCCUCAUGUACAACAGUGCCAACCCAGUCCUGAAGGAGAUGUGGCCAGAUGGUCAGCUGAGCAUCACAGAGGUCACAAAGCGACCUCUGACGGCGGCCACCCUCUUCAAGAACUCCAUCAUAGCCUUGGUGGAUAAACUGGCCUGCAAGGAGCCGUACUACGUGCGAUGCAUAAAGCCCAACGAGAUGAAGUCGCCGGUGUUGUUCGACGAUGCGCGCUGCCAGCAUCAGGUGGCGUACCUCGGCCUGCUGGAGAACGUCAUGGUGCGCAGGGCCGGCUUCGCUUACAGGCAGCCCUACGCUCGCUUCCUGCAGCGGUAUAAAAUGACGUGCGAGUACACCUGGCCGAACCACCUGAUGGCCUCGGACAGGGAGGCCGUGGAGGCCAUCGUCACCCAGCAUGGUUUCCAGGACGACGUGGCGUACGGUCACACCAAGCUGUUUGUGCGAACGCCACGGUCUCUCUUCUCUCUGGAACAGGAGAGAGCCGCCCUCAUCCCCAUCCUGGUGCUUUUCCUGCAGAAGGUGUGGCGUGGGGCUUUAGCUCGUAUGAGGUGCCAGAGGAUGAGGGCCAUCUACACCAUAAUGGGCUGCUAUAAGCGCUACAAGGUCAAGGCCCACUUCUGGGAGGUGGAGCGGAGGUUUGCUAAUGUGCGAAAUAUGGCCGACUACGGAAAGAGUGUGGAGUGGCCGACCCCACCUGCCGCUCUGUCCCAGUUUCACAACAUUACAUCCUCGCUGCAUCGCAGGUGGUGGGCGAGGCAGCUCAUAAAGAACAUCCCUCCGUCUGACAUGCUGGAGGUUCGGGCCAAAGUGGCGGCUCUCACCGCUCUGAACGGAGAGAGGAAAGACUGGGGCAGCAGGAGAGCCUGGGAGAGGGACUACCUGGCUAAUGUGCGAGACUGCCCUCAGACCAGCUCAGGCUUCACCCGUGUUACCAAGGAGCUGAGGAACAAAGACGAGUACAGUCAGGUCCUCUUCUCCGGCUUCUGCAGGAAGGUGAAUAGAUUCAACAAAAGCACAGACCGUGGCCUGCUCGUCACAGACAAGUACGUCUACAAAUUAGAGCCGAAGAAGCAGUACAAGGUUUUGAAGAGGCUUCCCUUAGACGCUUUUACAGGACUGAGCGUGACCACUGGAGUCGACCAGAUGCUGGCCCUGCACACGACCGCCCAGGAUGACAUCCUGCUGUGCCUGCAGCGAGGGGAACUGUGUCCCAACCAGGACCGAGUGGGCGAGCUGGUGGGAACGUUGGUCGACCAUUUCACACGCAUAAGAAAAGUCCACUUUCCUGUGAAGGUUUGCCGUUCAGCCGUGCAGUUACACAUGCGGGGAAAACCCAAGAGCGUCACCGUGGAAACCAAACCGGGCCAGACCAAUGCGGAUUUCAAGAAGAGCAAAGAUGGUUUCAUCCUGCUGGUCCCUGCUAACUGAGAAAGUCCGUCCAUCCAAACCAGCAACAACCUGACCUCAGGACCAGCGUGUUCGGGGAACCGCAGUUUAAUUUAUACAACAAUCUGUGUCCGUCUCAGGCAACAGGCAGGACUUUGCCUAAAGCAAGUGUUUACUUGCAGGAAUUUUUUAAUUGUUUUUUCACAAAUUAAGGUUUUAAACUAUUAACCCGGAGCUGAGUUUCUGGCAGAAUCUGUUUUCUUAAUCCUCAGCUGCAGGGACACAAAGUUCACUGGACAAUGACGAAAGUUUUUGGAAGUGAAUUGGAGAAAUGAAGAGGCUGUUUUGCUGGUAUAAAAACUCACAACUUGGACCAGUCGCAAUACAUACAUGCUGUUGUUUGCUUUUACUUCAUAUUGUGCUAAUACAUUGAGUACUAGAAGACUUUUUUUUUAUGGCAGGAUUGAACAAAAACAUGAAUAAAUGCACUUUUUUAAUGACGAAUUGUAUAUCGCAGUGAAUACCACUCAUUUCAGAUAUAUUUUUGUACAUUCAGUAGAAUUAUGUUAUGCAAUUUGAUCUUUUUUCGUGCAUUGUCUCAAACUGCUGUCUGUUGAAAGCAAACUGUGGAAAUUUAUUUCAUAGUAGAAAUGAUUUAAAAAAAAGAGGGAAAGGAAAAGCGAGACAGUGGAAGAUAAUAAAUUAUUAAAAAUGUA